AAUUUUUCUUGCUUAAUAACUCGUCGUUCCUAUUUUAUAUAACUGUGGGCUUGGCCGUUCUCCUCCUCCCAGAAGCCAUAACUUUUGCUUCUUCCAUUUUUGCAACUACACCAUAUCACUACCUCACUAUAUUCGUGCUCAAGUUGCUACCUAUCCUGUACCCUGAUACGUACAUCUGGGGAAACGCUACACAAACUUUACUAGUCGCGUGUCUGUUUUAACAGACCCUUUUCUUCUUCACCAAUUCCCUUAAAGCCAAGACGGCGCAACCUCGUCACGCCAACCUUAUAACAAAAUUCUAAUAGAAUAUACUUUGCCGAGUGUCUAAUACCUUCGGGACACCUUCUCUCUCCCCUUCCUUUCUUCUCCGCAUCCCUAUCCGUUAAGCCAUGGCGAAUUUGCUUCGCCGCCAUCACGAACAUGAUCCCCCGAUAGGAGAAAUACCCGUGCCUCACGGACCCGAGACUGGUGAUGAGCAUCAGCACUACCCUCGGCGGGCUUCUGCUAGCUAUGCCACCGAUUACGAGAGGCAAAUCUUCUCGCAUCUAACCCACCCUGACGACUCGUAUACGACCGAUGGCGUCUACUGGGCCGACUUACCCUUCUGGAAGCGCUGGUCUUUCGUUAGCAGUGUCGACCGAGCGGAAAGCGCCCAAGAAGCAAGAAACAUAUGGGCUAUGAUCAAAGAAGAUCCUCUCAGCCCGGUCUCUUGGUACUUCCGGAACGCCAUCUUACCCGGUGCCGGACUGGGCUUAGAAGGCUACGUUCUCUUCUCCAUCGGAAAUCUAGAGCCUCUCUUUGAGAGCGUGUGGGGAACCUGCUGGGGCAAGGCGGGUACUCAGUGUACUAAGAAUUGGGUGGCCGCUGUGACCUACCUCGAGAUCAUUGGUAUCAUGGUCGGCCAAGUCUUUGUCGGGAUCAUUGGCGAUUGGGUUGGCCGAAGAUGGGGUUUGAUACAAGACGCCUUGGUUAUGCUACUCGGUCUUCUCAUGUUGACCGGAUCUUGGGGUACGACACUCCAAGGUUGGGUUAUCAUGUACGCAUGGUCCCUAUUUGUUUACGGUAUCGGAGUUGGUGGUGAAUACCCCAUCACGGCCACAUCGUCCAUGGAAAAUGCUGUUACUGCCGGCAGAUUAUCCACCAGAGAUGAUCGUCUCCACCGCGGUCGCAAAGUUACGAUGGCAUUUUUGAUGCAAGGCUGGGGCCAGUUUGUCAACCAAGUUGUGCUCAUUGUUCUAUUGGUGAUUUUCAACCGCGGUAGCGGUAACGCCCCCUAUUCCACAACUGCCGCUCAGUAUGCCUUCCGCUUGUCCUUUGCUUUCCCAGCUAUCGGCACUUUGUGGUUGGCCUACUACCGUACUUGGAAAAUGAAGUCUGCUAGCAAGCAGUUGGAGGCGGCCAAGAAGAAGUCAAACGUGACGGGAUACGACGUUCGAUCUCUCAAGUUGACAAUCGGUAACUUCGGCGGACGUCUACUAGCCACUGCCGGUGGGUGGUUUUGUAACGACGUGUUCUUCUAUGGCAACAAGCUCUUCCAAAGUCAAUUUAUCAAAGUUAUCUCUGAUAACCCCGAAUCGAUCAUGACCACGUGGACGUGGAACUUGGUCAACGUUGUCGUUUCGCUUGCUGGCUACUACGCUGCGUCCAUGCUGAUUGACAACAAAAUGUAUGGUAGAAAAACUAUGCAACAGGUUGGUUUCCUGAUGUGCUUCGUCAUGUUCGUGGUUCCGGCGUUUCACUACGACUACUACAGCAGCCCCGCGGGGAUUCACGCUUUCCAGGCCAUGUACUUCCUAUCGUCCUUCUUUAAUCAGUUCGGCCCCAACUCGGUUACCUUCCUCGUCGCCGGAGAGGUUUUCCCCACUCAGAUUCGAGCCAGCGCCCACGGGUUUUCGGCCAUGAUUGGAAAGGCCGGUGCUCUCUUGGCUUCUGUGCUAUAUAACUAUAUCGAUACCCGAACUAAGUUCUACGUCGUUCCCUGGUUUGGUCUUGCUGGCAUGCUCAUUACGUUACUUUGGCUCCCCGAUACAACUGGUCUUGAUCUCAAGGAGCAGGAGCGCCGGUGGCAAUAUAUCCUCGAUGGCCGCGAGAACGAGUACCACGGCAUUGCCAUCCACCCUCAGCAUCUUUCGCUCUGGGAGAGAUGGACUGGUGUCGGAAAGAACUAUCACCCCGACCUGGACAUGAAGGCCAAGAUUAGGGACAUGCGCGCCGACUGGGAAGAGAGAGAGGCCGUCAGAGCUGGUAGCGAUUCGGAGUCUGCGGUUCCGGUUGAUGACGACGAGGACUACACUCACGAGAUCUACAACUACUUCAAAGGUCACGGCCCUAGUAGUGUCAACUCGCUGAAGCAUGAAAAAGGGGUAGAUCGGUCGUUGCCUUCCAAUUCGAAGGGCGCGCCCAACGAUACGAUAGAAGAGCAAACUCUGAACGAAAAGAGCCCCAAGGAUUCUUCGUCAAGCUAAAUGGAUGCACUUAGAUGCACUUAGCUUUGAAUUCGGGUAAAUAAUAUUCUGUAUAUGUUUAGAGUGGAAUUGGGAUGACAGGUCCAUAGAGUGAGGGCUAAAUGAGCUCAUGUAUGAUUCUCGAUACCGUCGGAUGAUCGAUAGCAUGGCGUUACAGGCGGAAGAAUUGAUUUGAUAACUAUUCCGUAUUCCAAUUAUGAUAUAUAUUUAUCUUUGUUAAAUGUGUUAUUCGAGGCUGUGAAAUUAAAAUCUAUUCUCACUUGUACUAAUAAAAAAAUACGUAGAAG